AUGGCCACCGUACGCAUCUGCAUCUGCGGUGAUGAAGCGGUCGGAAAGUCGUCGCUGUUGACAUCCCUCGUCAAGGACACAUUCGUCACUGCAAAAAUCCAGGCCGUCCUACCACCCAUCUCCCUGCCUCCCAGCUUGGGGACGCCCGAGAAUGUCACGACAACCAUCGUCGAUACGUCUGCGCUGCCGCAAGAUCGGGAUGCGCUGCGCAAAGAGCUGCGGAAAUGCAACGUCAUACUGCUGGUGUACAGCGACCACUACAGCUACGAGCGCGUCGCGCUAUUCUGGAUGCCAUACUUUCGCUCGCUCGGUGUGAAUGUGCCCGUGGUUCUGUGCGCAAACAAGAGCGACCUGACUGCCACCACGAGCACGAGCGCUGUUGUUGAAGAGGAGAUGCUGCCGGUGAUGGCCGAGUUCAAGGAGAUUGAUUCAUGCAUUAGAACCAGCGCGAGGGAACACCACAAUGUCAAUGAAGUCUUCUUUCUCUGUCAGAAAGCAGUGACACACCCGAUAGCUCCCAUCUACGAUGCCAAGGAAGGAAACUUGAAGCCGGCUGCAGUCGAAGCUCUGAAGCGUGUCUUCUACCUCUGUGACAGAGAUCAAGACGGAGUGCUAAACGACAAAGAGGUCCACGAAUUUCAGCUCAAGUGCUUCGACAAGCCCUUGUCUGAUGGCGAUCUGCUCAACAUCAAGCGAUCCAUAAGAAGGCCCGUGGAUUCGGGAGACGGCAUACUGGAAGUGGACGAUCUACAAUGCGGGAUUGAUAUCGAUGGCUUCAUACAACUCAACAGAAUGUUUGCCGAGAAAGGAAGGCACGAGACGAUCUGGAUCAUUCUGCGCAAGUUUCAUUACUCUGACAGUCUUUCGCUCAAGGAUCACUUCCUGCAUCCGAAAUUUGACGUGCCUGCAUUCGCGUCGGCAGAGCUGUCGCCCGCUGGCUAUAGAUUCUUUGUCGACCUCUUCCUCCUCCACGACAAGGACAACGACGGUGGCUUGAAUGAUAAAGAGCUAGCUGCACUGUUCGCGCCAACCCCUGGUCUCCCGGCCUCGUGGACUCAAAGCUCAUUUCCAAGCUGCACAGUUCGCAAUGAGGCUGGCUAUGUCACGCUGCAAGGGUGGCUUGCACAGUGGAGCAUGACAACUUUUGAGGAGCCAAAGACAACGUUGGAAUAUCUGGCACACCUCGGCUUCGAGGCCGAUGGGAAAGGCACCACGCCUGCAUUGAAGCUGACGAAAGCACGAAAACGCCGCAUCAAACCUGGCCGAGUAGAGCGCAACGUCUUUCUAUGCUAUGUGCUUGGAGCACCUGGUAGUGGCAAGUCUGCGCUUCUCAAUGCAUUCCUGAAUCGUCCUUUCAGCAGCACCUAUCAUCCAACCAUCAAAGCGCAAACCGCUGUCAACAGCGUGGAGUUGCAGGGUGGCAAACAAUGCUAUCUCAUACUCGAAGAGCUGGGCGAGCUCGAGCCAGCGAUCCUGGUGAAUCAAGUGAAACUCGACGCUUGUGACCUCGUCUGCUUCACCUACGACAGCAGUGACCCCGACAGCUUCGCACGCAUCCUGGACCUGCGACAGAAAUAUCCGGCUCUUAAUGCGCUGCCGUCUGUGUACGCUGCGAUGAAAGCAGACCAAGAUCGCGCCGUCCAACGUACAGAGAUACAGCCCGACGUCUACUGCGACCAGCUGAAGAUGGCGAAGCCUUUGCACAUCUCGGCAAAGUGGGCGAGCAUUGCAGAAUUCUUCGUGCAUCUGGCCGAAAGUGCAGAGCAUCCGAGUCAAGCUUUCCCGAAAGGUGAUGAAGAAGCUGUGGACAGAACGGCGUUGUAUAUUGGUAUCACUGCGACUAUUGCUGUGGGCGCAGCUUUUGCGUGGGUCUGGAAGCGGAAUAUGCUUUCGGCCAAUUCGUGA